UAACGUUUAAGAACACUUUAUUUACAUUGGUGAUUCAUUAUGAAAGUGCAGCAUGUGUUAAAUUGUGGCUUCUCCAGUUGGUAUCCAGCUUUUAAGAAUGUCACCCCACGAAGCUUUAUUAUUCCACUACCCAAACAGUUUGUCGAUUACCUGAAAGCUGAUCGGGUUUUCCUUCCAGAAGGUUCAGGUCAAAUCCAACCCAAAGGCCGUGAGGAUGCUGAAAGUGACGACGAAGACUACUUUGAUGAUGAUUAUGAAUGGAAUUCCACACAAGAUGAAAAUCGGGUACCAGACUUCCCAGAGUUGGAUAAAAAAAUCCGAAGUUGUAUUGAAGAACUUGAUGGGGAAGUGUUCCCCAAAUUAAACUGGAGCUCUCCAAAGGAUGCAUUUUGGAUUUCGUUCAGUAAAACUCUUCUCUGUACCUGCCCAGCUGAUAUUUAUUUACUGUUGAAAAGUUCAGACUUUGUUACCCAUGAUUUAACCAGUCCCUUUGAAUACUGUGAGGAUGCUGAGUGCAACCAGCCAGAGUUAGAAUACAAUUUGGUCCUUAGAAGAUGGGUGAACAUUCAUCCAGGCUCAGAAUUUCGAUGCUUCGUUAAAAACGGAGCUCUUCUGGCUAUAUGUCAGCGACAUGAUUCCGAGUACUACAGCUUCAUUGAGCAGAAUCUAGAAAGCAUCAAAACAGACAUUACAACUUUCUUCAAACAGAGAAUUGCGUCACAGUUCGUCCUUAAAGAAUAUGUCCUUGAUGUCUACAGAAAAAGACAGGGUAAAAUAGUACUUUUAGAUUUCAACCCUUUCGGGCCAGUUACUGACAGUCUAAUGUUUGAUUGGCCAGAACUGUUGUCUGAUCAUCCUUUCCAAAAAUCUUCCACUGAUGUAGAAGGAUCAGAAGAUGUCCAGCAACUUCCUGUAUUUCGAUAUAUCCGUGAGUCAGAAAGUGCAAUGAAACCAAAUCCUUAUGCCUACUACGCUCUGCCUAAAGACUUUGUAGACUUAUCCCUGGGCACCGACCCAUACAAAUUAGUUGAUUUCUUAAAACUGCAAAAUUCUAAAAUGAAAACUGAGGAAUCAGAUGAAGAGAAAUGAUGAUGCUACGGUGAAUACAGUGUACUUGAGUAGCACCGACUGUCUUUAGUUGGUGUCUGUGUGUAUGCUACAGACUGUUAACUGAUGCUGCAACUCUUCUUGUCAUCCAUUGCUCAUCCAAUAUUUAUUCUAUUUUUAUUAUUGUAUAAUAAACAAAUCAUUAUUAUGAGCCAA